AUGUUAUGUUCUAGUUUAUUUUCUAUUUUGAUUUUGAUUUUACCUUGCAGUUAGAUAUUCAUCAUGCAGAAACCAACAUCUCCAUUUUCCAAUCAAAAUUCCAGCUCCGCUGCUACCGCCACCUCAUCCACCACUGUGGAAAACCAAAACUAUGUAUCACCACCGCCAUCUCCACUUCAAAACCAUCACCAAUAUUACCACCAAGAUAUAACUACUGACUUCGCUUCAAUGUACAACUUCAGUUUCCCACCAAAAUCUCCUCUCCCCCAUUCCCUUUCCCUCACGCCUUCUUCUUGCGCUUCCUUGGAUGACCUCCACAUUAAUCUGAAGCUCACAUCCGACGCCAUAGCCACCGAGCGCCGCCUCAACCAGGCUCGUCUCAUCCUAGAGUAUCAACAACUCUGUUACCAUUUCGACCUUUGUUUUGCUCGCCUCCAAGAUCUCUUUAGAGAGCUUGAAACGCUGCGUAUUGAGAAUAGCGAUCUGCGGGUGGCCAACAAUGGGUUGAUAAAACUCUUAAGCCUGUCGUCCCAAGCUGCCACGAAAAACCGAAACCUCGAACGCGAAGAACCGCUAGAUUUGAAUGUGAAGAGGUGGGAGAGGAGGAAUAACAACGCUCAGAGGAACUCGCUGCCGAAGAGCGUUUCAGUCAGGUCAACUACUUAUCUUCAGGUCAACCGAGAACAAGGUUCGAGCGACCAGCAGAGAGUCGUGAAUCCGUCGGUGCGAGUAUACGUGCCACACGAGGCAACAAGAUCAGAAGACAAGGCAAUUGAAUUGGAGGUAUACAAUCAAGGAAUGGUUAAGACCGAGCUGUGCAACAAAUGGCAGGAGACAGGCACAUGCCCCUACGCCCAAAAUUGCCAGUUUGCCCAUGGAAUCACCCAGCUACGUCCUGUCAUUAGGCAUCCAACGUAUAAGACCAAGGUUUGUCGGAUGGUUCUUGCUGGCCAGACCUGUCCGUACGGACACAGGUGCCACUUCCGUCAUUCUCUUACCGAUCAAGAGCGACUACUAAUUUCGCGUUAA